ACAAGCAAUCGUGGUUUUUGCUUUGGUUUUUGUAUUUAUCACGCAUUUCUGCUUUGUAUAAUUAUUCUCUUUUUCCUUAUUGACGCUUUAUUCGGCAGUUCUUAUGUGAAGUCGAAAUCGUGACCUGUCUCGUACAUCCCCUAUCAAAAAAGCAUUGACAUCUGAAUCUAUGACGUUACUCCUGAUCGCAUAGAAAUAACAGUAUUGAAUUAAGUGCCCCGUAUGUUUGUCUAAAAUGGUUCAAGUGAAAAAUAUGCGUAACUACGGUGUGUACUUGUGAAGUGGGCAGUGGGAAGUGAUUUAGUUGUUGAGGGCACAACUAUCAACAGCUGACAAAUAUUGCGGAACAACAACAAAACAAUGUUAAAAAGCUAGCAGUAUCGGCCAGUUUCAUAAUUUUGCAUACAUUAGAAAUUCUUUAUUUAAGUAAAAACAAAUUCGAAAAUGGUUGUCGAACCGAACCAUAUUACCCAGCCUUCUAGGCAAAAGCCUGGCAAUAUAAACAUUCCGCCUGGACGCAGUAUAUUCGUCGAACGUUUCUUUGGUUCAUUCGACUGGAGGGAGUUUGCUUGUGGUUGUGGAGCAGCUUUUGUCAAUAUUGGUAUCACAUACCCCAUAUAUAAGAUGAUUUUUCGGCAAAUUUUGCAUGAUGUUCCUAUAACAUCUGCAUUUAGUCAGCUGCGCCAUGAAGGACUAAUGUUUCUGUAUCGAGGUAUAUUCCCCCCUCUCGCUCAGAAGACCAUUUCAUUGUCGGUAAUGUUUGGUAUCUUUGAUGGAACAAGGCGAUAUCUCGUGGACGAUUACGAUAUGAACGCGUAUAAAGCUAAAAUUAUUGCCGGAAUUGCAGCAGGAACAGUUGAAACGGUCUUAUUACCAUUUGAGCGAGUCCAAACCCUAUUGGCUCAUUCAAAAUACCACGAGCAUUUCGCAAAUACACAUCUCGCCUUUAGGUAUGUCCUGACGCAUCACGGAUUUAAAGAACUUUAUCGAGGUAUAGUACCAGUACUAUGGCGAAAUGGUCCAUCAAAUGCUCUAUUCUUCAUUUUACGUGAAGAAGCUAGUGAACGAUUACCUCAAAGAUCUUCGAUCUCCACAAAAGCUGCACAAGAAUUUAUUUCCGGAGCCAUUAUUGGAGCCAGUAUAAGUACAUUAUUUUAUCCAUUAAAUGUCAUCAAGGUAGCAAUGCAAAGUGAUAUGGGACACGCUGCAGAAAGCAUGACACAAUCAUUUUUAAAAAUAUAUCGCGAACGCGGCAACAGCAUCGCACAUUUUUACCGUGGCUGUGGAUUUAAUACGGCACGAUCGUUCGUAAGUUGGGGUGUUAUGAAUGCGGCCUACGAAAAUAUGAAAAAAGUCAUAACACCCAAUAUGUAUUUAGAAAUUGAAACUGAAAACUAAAUUAACGAAAAUGCAUAUAAAAUACACCCAACGAUUUAUUGAUACUAAUGGCCAAAGGUAUGCACAUCUCGAAGGUUUUUUCUCUAACAAAACAAAAAGAAAACCAAUGUCAUAGUCACUGUUAAAAACGUUCAUAGUUACUAUGUUUUAGUUAAAUUUGUAAAAUAAUAAUAUAUACAUUUAAGAAAUCGACAAUACGACUGACUGACUGGCGUCUCAUACAGAUAAGCUGACCGUUUUGUUUUUAUAGUACAAACAUAAGUAUGGACGUUAAUUUUCCUUAAAGUCUAUGCAAGAACAUAAAUAUUACAGAAUAAGAUACCAUAGUAAGUUAUGUAAAAUUAAAUGUUGGAUAUAACAUUAUAACUAUAUAAACAAUUCUUUAAAAAGAAUCAAUGGCUAUGUAUGUUUAAUGCAAUUUUGGCGUCACUAGUUAAUUAUUCGUGAUCAUGUAUUAUUUAUUCGAGUUAAAUAUACGCAGUUUAUUGGAGAACAAUUCUGCUAUCUCAUAAUGUCCGUUUUACUUGCAAUAAUAGAAAUGCAACUAAAACACAAUGUCUUUAUGAAGUGGCAGUGAUGCGCAUUUAACAAUUCAUUAUAGUUCUACGGUAUAAACAAAUUGUAUUUGUUGUGAUUUGUUUAAGUUCUAAACUUGUUUUGCAUAGCUAAAUACGGCCUGACGUUAUUUUAAAUUUAAUAAAUUAUUAAAUUAAUAUGUCUAUGUUCGUAAAACAA